GAUGAGUGAAAUGCACAGACACACUUUGGCCGAAUGUUGAAUGAGGAGUGCUGUCUCGGAGUGGGCGUGGGUGAGUUUGGGCUUUAUAAACGCAGCGAGUGGGCUUCAGCGCGGACCUCACUUGUUGAGUGAUCUCUAGGAGGACAGUCUGACGCGAGCCUGACACACCUAAACACUCCGUUCGACCGGGAAAAGACGACGGCAAUGAUGAAAAGAUUUGUGCUGUUCGUCUGCUUGUUCUUCACAGUCGUUCAGUCCAUCACCUGCGAGGCGAACAGGAUAGAUGCGCGCAAAAAGCACGAAAACGACGUGGCGCACCACAGCUCUGCCACAACCGCAGGAGCGUGGAGUCAGGAGAAGCCAAAAAGACUCUUUGCCCGGACUCGCUAUCUGUCUCAGCAGAGACAUCAUGUGGUGAGACCUAAGCCCAGGCCUGAGGCGGUUUCUCCAGCCCAGACUCCAGCGCGGCGCUGCGCCGGUCUGAUGGAGAGCUGCUCCCCGCUCACUCCCUGUUGUGACCCAUGUGCUUCCUGCCACUGCAGGCUCUUCAACACCAUCUGCCACUGCUGGAGACUUGGACACCUCUGCCCCAAGAAGACCUAAUCACCCCAGACGCACAUAUAUGGAUCGGUGCUUCUCAGCUGCUUUCACUUUAGCUCUGCACAUUGGACAUCAAAUGUUGUUUAGUGUACAAAAACAAAGUCAUGGAAAGUUGCUUAUUGGUUAGUUUAUAAAUAUUUCGUGAAGUUUGAUGGUAUCUUGUUCCCAGCUUUCAACAAUCCACCAUACAAAGCCAUUUUUGUUUGUUUUUUGGUGAUGGCACAUCUGUCUAAUUUGACUCGCUUUUACCAAGAUUGUGCCAAAAUACUGUUUGAGUUUAGUUGCAUACUUUGAUUCCGUACAACUGGCAUAAUGUUGAUUACCACAGAAAUGAUUUUAACCCAGCUGGUGUUUUCGUUAAAACAAGCAGAAAGCACAAGCACCACAUCAAGUGAACGAAGUCAAUUGUAAAAACAGAAAUGUGAAGCUUGUGAUUUUAUAAAAGCUCCUACAUCAUUUUUUUCUGUUAAAAUUUUUGUAUUGGAGCGGUGAAGCUGUUGAAAUCAUUUUAAUAGUCAUUUAAGGUUUUAAAAAAUUGAAAAUAACUGUAGACAGAAAAGGUUAGUAAGUGACUGAAAUCAUAUGAAAACAAAUAUUGUUUAUGUGCGGUUGCAUUACUGAACCAGUGAGUAUUUCACCAUUUACAGAUUACCACCAAUCACUUGUUUUUUGUUUUUUUGUUAAUUGUCAGUGCAACACAAAACGUCUGCUUUUUUUUUUUUUUUAAAGAAAGUGGAGAUUCAUAUUUGUGGUAAUAAACGAUGCAGUUGAAUCUGGAAUAUUCCUUUAAUAAAACGAAAACAAAGCAUUUUGGUUACUCUUUACAAUAAGGUUUCAUAAUAUUUAUUAAACUUAGUUAAUGUUCAUUUUUAUCAAAAAUCAAAGUUGUUAUCUGUUAAUAUUAUUAAAUGGACCUGAGCUAACAUGAAAUAACAGAUAACCUGUUUUUUUUUUUGGUUAACUAAGAUUAAUAAAUGCUGUAACAAAUGAACUGCUCAUUAUUAGUUCAUGUUAAUGAAUGCAUUGCCUAACUAUAACUAAUUGGACCUUAUUGUAAAGUGUUGCAUGCUUUUUUUCUCUUGCAUUUAGCAAAUAUUUGUUCAGAACAGAUCCACCAUAUGAGAAGCACUGUUAUAUAAAACACAUGCAGCUGUGCACCAGCAGGAUUUAUACCUGUGCUUUUACACACUCUCAUACUGCUAUGUAUAGCAAGCCAUGGAUCAUACAUGACAUGUAACAGUACAGUGAAUGUUUAACAUCCAUAUGACUCGAGUUAUUCGCUCUCUUUUUGCACCAUGACACUAAUAUGUCUCGUUUGCCAUCUGGAUAUGUUAUUACAGUUAACUCUUGUAGAAUUCAUGCUGGCAAAGUUUCAUUUUUGUUGUUAUUCUCAAUAUUUUUCAACCCUUGUUAAGCAAGGGGCAUAUACUGUGUAACUUGUACAGAAUCAAUGUAACAGUGCCUAAAAAAAAGCUCAUUUUAGGUGCAGUAAAUGUGAAUCUAAUGUUAUCCUCAUACUGUGAUCUUUUAAUAAUAUGUUUUAAGAUGCUUAUUUCUACUAUGAUGAUUCCACUGUCAUGUUUCUGAUUUCUACACACACACACACACACACACACACACACACACACACACACACACACACACACACACACACACACACACACACACACACACACACACACACACACACACACAAAGUUUAUGUGGAUGUCAAGUAGAUGCUAUUGUGGAUGAAAAGCUUCUUUGAGAAAAGUUGUCAUUAUAUAUUUCUAUCCACUGUCAGGUCAUAUUGACUGAAUAUUAUUAGAAAAAAAAAGUAAAAACAUGUUCAGUGUGCUUUCUUUGUAUAAUAAAAACAUUUAGAACUGUA